AUGAUAGCUAUAAAAAACAAGGAUUUGUUAGACUAUAUAAAUCCUCAAUUUAAAAAUAUUCCAAGCAUUAAAUUUAUCUUGACUGAAGAUGUUAAUGACUUUGCAAAGGACUCUAUUAUUAAACCUUAGCAAGAUCCCAUUAAAUUUAUGCAUUAUAAUAGUUACCUUAACAAAAAAGACAUUAAGAUCACUACUACAUAAUUUUCAAAACUUCUUAAUUGUAGCUAUGAUUAUUUAGGCUGUGAUGAGGCUACACUCGACUUCGUAAGAUAUCUAAUGAUCGAUACAUUCUUAAACUAGGAAAUCCUACAUGAUAUUAAAUAACUAGAGUUUAUCAAUCAGAUUGAAUACAUUUAUACUCAUCUUUACUAUCUGGAAUAAGCUAGAUCAAAUCCGGAAAAAUAUCCAUUAGCAUCUGUAGUAAUGUCGUGCCAUAAUAGAGAUUACUAUUUAUUAGUGUCUGUCUAGCAUGUGCUUUAAUAAACAUAUGUUAAUUGGGAAUUGCUCAUUUCUGAUGAUGGCUCAAGCAAUCCCAAAACGCUCUAAAUCCUUCAGCUGAUCUAGAAUAUUCCAAGGUCUAGAGGAGAGUUUGUUGCUAUUCAAGAUGAUGAUGACAUUAUGAUGCCUUUUAGAUUAGAAUAUUAAAUUGAUUUCCUUAAAAGAAAUCCAGAAUAUGAAGUAUGUGCAUCAGCAUACAUGCCUGUAACUGAAAUCGGGGUCCCUAAAUAUUAUGCAAGUAAUUAUGUCCAUUCUUUUGAUGAAGCCAAGGCUUUAUUCAUGCAAGUAAAUUUUGCAGCUCAUAGUACAUUUACAGUUAGAAUGACAGAUCGAAUGAAGAAGUAUUACAUCUAUAAUCAUUAAACUGCAUAUGAUUACUCUCUUUGGCUCAAACUAUUAUUUGAUCUAGAAAAUGAGGAUAUAAGAUUCUUUAGUUUACCAAGACAUGUAACAGGAAUAAGAGUUCAUUCUCAAAGAAUGUCUCAUAAUAGUUAUGAAUACUCCCACUACUAAAAGUGGAUACCACUAAAAUAGAUAGAGAUUGCCGAAAAAAUAUCUCCAGAUAUUUAUGAGAAUGCUAGCUACCAAUAUUAUUAACAUCAAUAAUUUGAGCUUUAGAAAAAGAUAUUUGCUUGCAUUUACCAUCAAGGAAGCCUUUAAAAAUUGCUAACUAACAUAGGAUAAUUAAAAGACUUUGUUGAUAACUUCAUAAUAGUAUAUGUAUUAACUCCAUCUGAGUAUCAAAUUAUGAAUGAGAUUUUUAACAAUCCUAUGUUUUCAGAUUAUCAAUCUAAAAAUACUCUGCAUAUAAUAAAAGUGACAGGAACGAGAUACAAAGGUUACAUUGAUUCUGAGUUGCCCAAUAUUUUUACUAGACUUCUAGAAGAUAAAAAUCUCUAAGAUCAAGAUUAUAUUCUUCUAUCAAACACCUCUGAGUUUAUCAAUCCAUUUUAACUAAAGAGAUUCUACCAGCUUAGCUAAGACUUCGGAAUAUUUGGAUUAAGAUACCUUUAAUCUGUUGAUAAAGAAGAUUAUUUAUAUUAAAAAACUAAGAUUAUAUCCUAUCACUUAUUUAGGAAUAUUGGGUAUAAAGCGAUUAGAGAAUAUGUUAUUGAUGAGGAUAUUUUUAAGCUAGUGCCUUAACCAAGAUUUGAAGAUAAACUCUAUACUCUAUUUAUUAAUGGAGAAUAUUUGAAUGUAAACACAAUGAAAGAUGCAGGGAUUUUUAUAGAUGAUUGUUAAAAUUAUUAGCCAAGUUUAGCUAACAAACCUAAUUAUAAGGAUAAUACAUUCUCAGCACCUUCUCAGAAAAGAAAACUUGAAAACUUCUACAUCUCAUCAAAUGAUAUAUUCCAGUCUUAUUGUGGUAUUAAUAUCGAAGACAAAAAUAAUUAUGUGAAGACUGAACUUUGA